UACACAACCCGAAAAAGAUGGACCCGUCGUGGCACCACCACGCUCCUCCUCCUCCGCCUCCGCUACCAAUUGGUGGAGCGCCACCACCUCAGGCGGCAACAAUCUGCCCAGUUUGCUCAAUGUAUCACUUCCCAUUCUGCCCUCCUCCACCUCCUCUUCCUCCUUUCUCUCAAAACUUCCAUCCCAUCCCUCAUCAAUACCCCCCACCACCACCCCCCCCUGAUCAAUUUUACCACCCCAGACCCCCUCAGCACCCGCCCCCUCUCCCACCCGCCCCCCCACCUUCUGCCUACGAUCCCUUUGCUGACCACCAAUCAGGGCCAGCUGCAAACCCCCGUCAGCAGCCGCCUUGGAUCCCAAGUUCUGGUUUUGAUAAAGACCCAGAUGGGAAUAUGUAUGCUAAUAGUCAUUCCACUUAUGCUGGGGCUAAAAGAAUGAGGUUUGAUGAUUCGGGCUUUUCGCCAAGCCCGGCCCACCCGUCUUUGGCUGCUGAGGAUGAGAGAAGAUUGAAGCUGAUUCGCGAUCACGGUGGGGCAAUGAGUGGGGAGUCCAGAAAUUCUGCUACUAAUUUAGGGACGAGCAAUUCUUUUGAUCCUGGUUAUUGUGAUUAUGUCCCAAAAUCGAAUUUUGGGCAUGAUAGUGAUCGUAGUAGUUUGCAUCAGAAUAAUGUGUAUGAAUAUAGUAGACGUAGUUUGAAUAGCAUAGAGCAGCUCAGACAAAGUCAAGAAAGAAUGGGCUUCAAUCGGCAUGGUGUAUCAGGGGAUCAAUAUGGUAAUUUGCCGAACCAAAACGGGCAGAAUAUUGGGCUGACUCAGAAUUAUAGGGUGUUUAGUAGCCAGCCUCCACUUCCAGCCUCUCCACCUCCACCUCUUCCUGUGGAUCCCCCAGGGCAGCAUAUGGUGCGGCCUGUUGUCUCGUCUUCACCGUCUGGUACAUCUGCUUCUUUGUUCCCGGUUGCUCGAGGUUCUUCUUCAACCGCCGUUCAGUCGUCCUCAUAUCAUCCUGUUCCAGAAUCAAGUUUGUUGGCAUCGCAUCAACCCAUUAGAGGCAAUCUCCAUGCUUCGACCAGCUUUGGUCCUGAGGAUUUACAAGGUAUACGACAAGCGCCAUAUAAAGCAUACUUUGGAAGAAGUGAAGUAAUUCCGCAGCAGCCUCUAUCACCUAACAAACCUAAAGUUGUUGAUGCCACUCACAUAAUAAAGCAACCCCAUCGGGUGAAUCGUCCCGAUCACAUUGUCAUUAUUCUUCGUGGUCUUCCAGGUAGUGGGAAGAGCUACCUGGCAAAAAUGUUGCGUGACCUAGAGGUUGAAAAUGGUGGUAAUGUGCCACGGAUACAUUCCAUGGAUGAUUAUUUCAUGACUGAAGUUGAAAAGGUUGAAGAGAGUGAGUUUCCGAAGCCAUCUGGUUCUGCUAGAGGGAAAAGGCCAGUAACGAAGAAAGUCAUAGAGUUUUGCUAUGAACCUGAAAUGGAAGAGGCUUAUCGAUCAAGCAUGCUGAAGGCAUUUAAGAAGACCCUUGAUGAGGGGGUUUUCCCUUUCGUAAUUGUGGAUGACCGCAAUCUGCGGGUAGCUGAUUUUGCUCAAUUUUGGGCAACUGCAAAGAGAUCAGGUUAUGAAGUUUACCUUUUAGAAGCAACUUACAAGGAUCCAGCGGGCUGUGCAGCAAGAAAUGUACAUGGUUUCACCCAGGAAGAUAUACAGAAGAUGGCUGACCUUUGGGAAGAAGCUCCAACCUUGUACCUAAAACUGGACAUAAAGUCAUUAUUACAUGGAGAUGGUCUAGAGGAUAGUGGGAUUCAAGAGGUAGAUAUGGACAUGGAAGAUGGAGACCCUGUUGGUCUCCUUUCUGGUUCUGAAGAAAGAAAUGUGGAGAAGCUUGUAAUAUCCCAGGAAGGAGACCUUGUUGGCUCUUUAAAAGAGGAUCAAAGAGGGGAUGCUGAGGCAGAUCACCCAAUUGAGGAAGUGAAAGAAUUAGGAAAGAGCAAAUGGUCGAAUAAUUUGGAUGAGGAUGAUAACCACAAAAAUGAAGAUACGAGAAAUUUAAAUUCUCUUUCUGGGUUAAGAAAAUCUUAUAGUAAGGAAGGUAAAUCAGUACGUUGGGGUGACCAGGUUCGCAAUUCGGGCUUUUCAAUAGCUGCUGCAAAGUCUAGAAACAUAGCCUCUUUGGUCAUUGGCCCUGGUGCUGGAUACAAUAUGAAGUCAAACCCAUUGCCUGAUGAGGAGUUGACAACAGCUUCACAUAGCAAAGGCAAAUUGAGGAAGCAGAGUGCAUUUCAAGAGCAGUUACGUGCAGAACAGGAAUCCUUCAAAGCUGUGUUUGACAAGAGAAGGCAACGAAUUUCCAUGCUUGAUGAGGACUAGUAGUGGACAAGAAGAUGCUGUUACUAGCAAAGUUUUGUAUGAUUGUCUCUCCAUUUUUGAGUUCUGCUGUUUUAGUGUGGAGAGAAUGAAGAUUAUUGUUCAUUCCCCACUUGUAUUGCCAACUUCUUGCUGUAUUCUAAGAAAGUUCAUCAAUAAAAGAUUUUCAUCCCCUGAUUGGACUUCAA